ACAUUCCUGCACGUAAUGUACGUCCACCGUUCGCUAAUGACCCCGAUUGUACACCCCGUUCCGUGGAAUCGGCCGACUUAUCAGGGCCAGCGAUAUACCGUUUCGCCGCGCAGAAAAAUCGUCAUCCUGCUCUCUCGCGCGAUCUCCGUCUUACCGUUAAUUACAUGUAUACACGGCAUAUGGCAGUAGAGGUAGGGAAAUCAUACACCUCGCCUAAGAGAGAGAUCGUGUAUCUGUUUAUUUGUCAUCGGAGCGGCGCUCGUCAACUCGAUUCGCUCGGAAUCCCAUUCACACUUUCAGACGACUCAAAUGCGCCAGUCGACAUUGUUCUCUCGCUGGCGCAACAUCCGCAACGCGUCAAUUAGUAAGUAUACCUGAGAGAUUUAAAUAUAUCUCUUCCUGUAUUCUCUCUUUUAUGAGAGAGAAUUAUCAUGGAUCAAGACGAAGUUGUGAAGAAUUUGCGAUCAUGUUUGAUAUCGUGCAAAGGUGGUAUCAAAUUAGACAAUUUAAGAGGAGAUUACCGUAUGAUCACAGGAGAUUCACUACCAUUCAAGCAAUUUGGAUAUUCCACCCUAGAAGCUUUUAUACGUAAUAUACCGGAAGUUAUUGUAACAAGAAAAAAUGGAGAACUAUAUGUAGAAGCUACACCUUCCAAGACGACGGCGCAUCUUACAAAAUUGAUUUCAAAACAAAAAGCACGACGAAAAAUACGACCUUCUACCAAAAAAUGGACUCCAUCUCGAUACACCACUAGAGGUUUUUCACCUGGUGCUAAAAACAACAAUAAUUACAAUGGAUUUCAAUCUACUAGAAACAAUUACGUAAACCCUACCUUUACUACAUCAACACCUGGGAGAAGCAAUUUGUAUACAGAAGUUAAUAGACCCAUUUUACCUCUCAUGGAAACAGUAGUACCAUGUCCACCGUUAUUGACUAAUAAUGAGAAAUCAAGUUUUGCUCCAAGUACACCUCCAAUUUCUCCUGUUAAAAGACUGACAAACGACGUGACAAAUCCCAGUGUAACGACUUUGAACCAAAGCGUUAGUAAUUAUAAGACUAUCGAAGAUUUAACGUGCAAAGUAUUAAAUGACAAGAUAGCAGUACCAUCUGUGAUAAAUGUGAAACCAAAGACUGCAGAGUUCAGAUCCUUGCUGAGUGAGAGACUCAAAGUUUCUCCUCCUAGAAAUACUAUUAUGCCUAGAACACCUUUGUCGCCGAUUGCUAGUUAUAAUAACGGUCAUGCGUCUUCGGCUAUUCCAUCGAUUAUUAAUAAAUAUCAGGUCUUGCCACCAGGUCAGGUUUCCGAUCCUAGAAGAGACUUACAAAUUCGUGCCGACACAUUUAAUCUACCACCACCAAUAUACAAGAUGCAUUCGAGAAAGGACAAACAUUCCUCGAAGAUAACCAUCUACGCUAGCGUAAAAGUUGGUGCGCACACGUUUCACACGUAUCCGGAAGACGCAGCAUCCGAGGAAGAAGCCGAGAAGAUUGCAGCGCGCUUGGCUUUGGUGGAUCUCGCCAAAGAAUCCUUGAGCCCCGAGGUAACGACUGUCGACAAGAAAUUGGUGGAGGAACGCAUUCUGAACAUCGUGACCAAACAUCACAGCGGGGUCUUUAUGCAUCUACUACCUGAAUAUUAUUGCGAGCAAUAUAAAGAGGCCCUACCCCACAACUGGCAGAAGAUUAUGGAGGAAUGUGCGAGCAUAAAUCAAGAAAAAGGCGUUGGUGAUUCGAUGAUACUUUGCAGAACUUCGCCAACUUCGAAACGUUCGGAAAAUAAUUCCACCUUAUUCAAGGAUGAGAAUAGCUCCUCGUCGAACGAGAAGGUACAAUUGAACCCAAUUGGACCUGCCGCACCCGGUAAAUUGAUACUACCCAAGACGUCUUCUUCGCAAGUGUACAUCACUUGCGUCAUAAGCACCGCCGAAAUUUGGGUUCGCUUCGAUAAGUAUAACGACAAUUUUGUCGAAAUGAGAAAGAAAAUGACGAAGCAUUUUGAUAAGAAAAAAUCCGUCUCGAUUUCGUCGGCGGAAUGCGUCGUAGGCGAUUUUUACGCUGUUCUCGAGGACAACUAUUGGCACCGAGUUCAAUGUAUAGAUUUUGACUUCGAAACCGAACUUGCCACAGUUUUCUUUAUUGACGAGGGCUAUGACGAACAAUAUAAAUAUGAUGUGCUACAUCCUCUGGACAAAAAGUUCUGCAUGCUUUCAGCUCAAGCGACCAGAGUAGCUCUUCACGGAUUAGAAGAGUUUUGUGAUUACGCCCAGUUAAUUCCGGAGAUUGAAAGUCAUCUCAUGGUCGAGCAACUGUUUCUGGCAAAAGUGCAUAGUACGAAAGUCGACGAAUAUGGUUCAUACACAACAGUGACUUUUUAUGACAUUAGUAAAGAGGAACAAAACGCAAAUGUGAAUCAAAUUCUAAUAGACAAGAUCUUAAAAGAUAUUACGAUCGCAUCCAAUUUACAAGUAGGACAGUUAAUCGAAUUAUAUGUCACGCACAUAGACGAGGACGGAAGGGUCUAUGCGCAGUUAAAUUCAUUCGUGAGAAAUCUGGUAAGCAGCGAGGCCUUGUUGCAAAUAUUAGAAAGCAACACGACGACUUCGUCGGCGAGGGAGAUUACCUUCACGAAAACGUACUUUGCAAAGUGGGAUUUGCAGUUGUAUAGGGCACGAGUGACGAAUAUAACUGACAAUAAAAUAAUAGUAGCUCUGUUAGAUGUCGGUAAAAUCGUCACAAUAUCAAAAAAUGAUCUGUUUUCCAUGGACGAGAUGAGUGUUCUACACUACAUCCCACCGCAGGCGAAGCAGAUCUUUCUGCAUCAUCUCGAUCAAUCCAACGACGAAAGGCUAAUGGCAAGAUUUCACGAACUGGUGUCGGACAUGGAUCUGCUUUUGGCAAGGAUCAUGAAAAGGAGUCAAAGCGGAAUCCCAAUAGUGGAGAUUUUCAAGAGAAUUGGACCGAAUAACAUGCUAGCCUCUAUUAAUACAUCAUUGAUUUACGAUAGCGAAUUAUCGAAAGCGAGCGAAGAUGGUAAUAACAAUGUUAAUAAAUCAUCAAAAAAACGUUUGGAGCGGAGGAAUUCUCGCGCUUUCGAUUUUGUUGGUAAAUUAAAUCCACCCACUAUCUCGGAUAUCGGCGACUAUUUUGACGUUCACGUAACAUUAGCUGCACAUCCAGGACAUUUUAUCGUGCAACCGUUAAAGGAUGCGUCCGAAUUGAAGGCUAUGAUGCUCAAACUGCAAGAAUAUUGCAAUAAAUACGAUGGUUCAUCAUUGGAAACUAUCGGUGAAGGCAAGCUUUAUGCGGGCAAAUUUCAAGAGGAAUGGUAUAGAGUUUAUGUCACCAAUAUUAUCAGCGAUCAUGAGGUAUCCGUAUAUUUCUGCGACUUUGGGGAUGUGACAAUAGUAACACGCAGUAGCUUGCAGCCGUUGAGGAGCGAUUUUUUAAAGCUACCGUAUCAAGCUGUGAAAGCUAAACUUGUCGGAAUAGAAGCCAUGAAUGGCGACUGGACGGUUAAUGAUUGUGUCAAAUUCAAAGAUUUAGUACUCGAUAAGGACUUUGUCUCGGUGGUUGCCGAAUCUAUGUUCGAUCAGCUCUCGCCGGCCAAUGGCACCGUACUGGGCUUACGAUUAAUCGAUGUCAGUACUGAAAGAGACAUAUACAUCGAUAGGUUAUUGGUAGAGGAGAAACGUGCCAAAUAUAUUGAUGGAUUCGAGGAUCUUCCAUCUAGUUAGCUUCUUAUAUUGAUUAAUGAAUUGAGGAAACAAUUUAUUUUCUUUAUCGUCGCGUUAUCGUUAUCCUUUUAUUAUAAUAACAUAAUAUCGCUUUUGCUUGCAAAACCGCGAAUAUUUAAAAAGGUGGUAAUGCGUGAAUAUAUUAUUUUUUUACUUAUUUUUUCUGUAAUUAGACAGCGCGGGCGUGAACAACGUAAAAGGAUAACGCGCGAAUAUUAAAUUUUAUUUAACAUUAUUUGAGUUUGUCUCUGCGAUUACGUAUUUCGUUGUUCGGAGAAAUAAUUUUUUUUCUUUUUAACAUUAGAAGUUACGAUUAUAACGCGAAUAGCGGUGAAGUUUUAUUCGUUUAAAAGUUCUUAUGUUUAUAACAUAGAUAUGUUAUUUUUCCUUCGGCUUCUACUGUUUAUAGUUCUUCCUUAUCAAUUACAUUUUUGUUGUCGCACAGUUAGACAGAUGUAUUGCUGUUGAAGUUAUAAUGUGCGUAAAGUUUACUUAGAAGCCAAGUUUUAUUAAAUAUGUUGUAUAUUUUUGGAAAUAUUAUAUUAUAUAAUAUAUUAUUAUUAUUCAUGUCAAGUAUUCCUUAGCAAAACUAUUACGUUAUGUUCUUUUAAAUUUCUUUGUCGUUGUUUAACUUAGCACGAUUGUUUCAUGUUAUUAAACAGAACAGUAUGAUAUUGUCUAACGACAAAGAUUGGCUGUGUAUAAUUAACUGAAUAUAACGACAUUCCAUACGUAGUAUAUACAUACAUAAUACAUGAUAUACAGAUAUUACACAUGUUUGAAUAUCAUAUGAUUAAUUGCUUCCACUACGUGGUUCUAAAUUGGAAUUAUUUACUUUAUUGCCAUACUAUAAGCGUAUUGUUAGAAAUUCUUGCGAGGUUUAUUUGUAACAGAUAAAUAUUUUUAUUUUUUUAUUUAUCUAAAACUUUGAAGAAAGCAAGAUAGAAUUAUACAACAUAUAAAAUAAAAUUUAUGUACAAUAAU